UUUUUUAGACUUAAAAAAGCAAGUACAACAAUCCUCAAAGAAGCAAAUAUUACUCAAGAUAAAGCUGCACUUGAAAAGGAAAUGGAAAAAUCUAUGAUGGAAAAACUCUUGGAAAAAAUCAAGAAAAAGCGCGAACAGAAGAAGGAAAUUAAAAAGAUGAAGAGAGCAAUGCGUAAAAAGAAAGAAGAUGAAAGCGACGAUUCGUCUUCAUCUGAUUCAGAUUCUUCAGACUCGUCUUCCACAGAUUCUUCCUCCUCGGAUGACUCAUCAGACAAUUCUUCACUAUCAGAUUCUUCAUCAACUUCAAUUUCUUCCUCAUCCUCAUCUGACGAAAAACACAAAAAGAAAAAGGGAGGAAAGAAAAGAAGCGAGAAGAAAUUAAAAAAGCCAAAAAGUGAAGAUGAUGAAGAAGAGCAACAAAUUCCGUCUUCAAAGAAGGACGAUAAAAGAAGCAAAAACUACAGCAAAAUUCAACAAACUGAACUUUUAGUGCCAAAAGAAGAACCACAAGAAGAAUCAAAUUUUACUGAAAAUCGCCGUAAAGAUUAUAAAAAACGUGGAGAAAGAGGAGAAGAGCAUAAAAAUCGGCAUGAAGACAAAAGUCGGGACAAAAAUGUUUCGCGCAGUACAGCAGCUGAUUUCUUUGAGGAUGAAGAUCAAAAUAACAAUAAUAAUCUUCCCGCGCAGUAUCGACACUCAACAAAUGACCGUGAAAGAAAUCGAAAAAGUGGAGAUGACAAAGAAUAUAGACGAAAAAGAAGACAUGAACAUGAGGAUGGUGAUGAUCGUGACGAUAAUCGAGAUCGUUAUAGGCGACGUUCACGAUCUCCAGAAUAUAGAAGAGAAAGAAAAUAUAGACGUGAUAGGGGUGAGUAA